GUGAUCCCCGAGCUUCUGUUCCGUCGGUUUCAAUGGAGGUUUUUCAUUUCCCGGCGACAUCGUCGGAGAUUACUCUCCGGAUUCCUUCUAUGCCAUCAGAAUUCACCAAAACAAGGAGGAUCGACUUCUUCCCGCCGUUGAAACUCGUCGGAGAUUCUCGGUCCGGCUCACCGGAUCCGGAAUCUCGGAACCGGAUGUUCAUUCUCGGGAUGGGCUUCGUCGGAGGAUUCUUCGCUGAGAAGCUCAAAGAUGCAGGCUGGGCUGUUUCAGGGAGUUGCAGGAGUGAUGCGAAGAAGAUGGAAUUCCAAAAGAGAGGAAUUGAUGUUCAUCUCUUCUCUGCAGCUCAGCCUCAAUGGAGAAUGCUCGAAGCCGUGAAAGAUUUCACCCACCUGCUCGUUUCCAUCCCGCCUCUUGCCGACAUCGGUGAUCCGAUGCUACGGCAUGAAGAACUUCUGAGAAGCCAACUCUCGGGUGGAAAUCUUCAAUGGCUUUGUUAUCUAUCGUCCACAAGUGUCUAUGGAGAUUGCGGUGGUGAAUGGAUCAACGAGGACUAUCUCCCGAACCCGAAAACCCACUCGAGCAAAAUGAGGUUAGAUUCCGAGAAAGGAUGGUUAGACCUGGGCCGUGAUCUCGGAGUCUCUACACAGAUCCUUCGACUCGGAGGUAUCUAUGGCCCUGGUAGGAGCGCGAUCGAUACCUUGAUAAAGCAAGAGCCAUUAUCCAAAGCUCAAAAGAGACGAGCAUCUCGGAAAUUCACCUCUCGAGUCCACGUCGACGACAUAUGCCAAGCUCUUCAAGCUGCAAUUGAAAAGCCAUCACCAGGGGAAAUCUACAACAUAGUUGAUGACGAUCCAGCUCAAAGAGAAGAAGUAUUUGCGUACGCUCUCGAACUGAUCAAGAAUCGCUGGCCCGGGAAAAUCAAACAAAACCCAUCUCUGGAGAGCUUCGAAGCAACUCACAAGGAGAGUUCAUUGAGAGGUGAGAAACGAGUCAGUAACUCACGCAUGAAGAGCAAACUCGGAGUGAAGCUGCACUAUCCUUCUUACAAGUCAGGACUUCGAAGCAUAGUCGAAAAAAUGGACGACAAUCCUUUUGAUCAGAUCUCACCUUCUGGAUAUAGUCUGUAGCUUUGUUUCCUGUGAAUCAGCAGCAAUGCACUCAAAAUGCAUGAUAAUUAGUUGAUAUAAAGUCAUAAAGACCGAACAUUCUUCGUCACAA